AUGAAUUUUAGUAGUUUGUUCAGAGGACUGAGCAACUUCCAGUUGCCUUACAGUAUUGAAAAUGAACCUUAUCAUAAAACAGCACAAUGGCAACUCUUCGAAGCUCGUUCAAAGAAACCAGAAACAUUAGAUAAGCAUGUCACUGUAUUUAGACCUAUAGAAGGAGCAGAUCGUCGUUUUAUAUUUAAUGAUCUAAGAUGUGCUAAGAGAAUCAGAUUCCCUGGUCUGUGUAACGUUUUAGAUGUUAUUAAUGGCGGCAAUGGUACCACCAUCGAUGAAAAUACAGUUUCGUUAGAUUCCCUUCUUAUUGUGACAGAAUAUGUUCAACCUGUAGAUUCUAAAUUGACUUUAAGUCCAGAGGCGAUAUGUAUGGGUAUUUGGGAUUUAUGUCAAGCGGUGGGAUUGCUAGAGAGUAAAUUUCUUAUUGGUAAUCUGUCACAUCGUAGUGUCUUUUAUAAUGAAUCAGGUGAGUGGGUUCUUUUUGGUUUAGAAUGUUGUAUGCUAGCUGAGGAUGCAAAUCAACAAACAGAUCAAUAUAUUUUUGAGGUUGAAAGAUUUACUGGUAAUCGUUUAAAGGGAACGUUAGAGAAAUGGGAUAUGAUGUGUCUUGGUCAAACUUUAAUGGAUUUAUUACCAAAAUCCGGUGGAAUUCCAAAAGAUUUGAAACCUUUAAUUCAAAAACAAAGUACAAGUGGUUCCCUUGAUGCAACAACUUUUUUAAAAUCUUUGCAAAAUACUAAAAUUUGGAAAGAAUCAAAGACAAUUGUAGAAAAUUAUGCACAUUUAAAAGAAUUGCAUAUAGCUAAUGAUAAAGAAAAAAUGGAAACAUUAAUUCAAUUUAAUAUAGCUAUACGUGAUCAUAUUAUCAAUAAAGUUCAAGAUAGUCGUCAAUGGUUACAAAAUUUUACACCAGGUUUUCUUAAUAAUUUAAUAAUUCCUGAAUUAUGUUCAAGUAUAACAUGGAUGUCAACUCAACAAGCCAUAUACCAAGGUAAUAUUGUAAUAUCCUUAGCAUUAUUAUUAGAAUAUAUUGUUGCCAUGAAAUGUCAUUCUUUACAAAUAAAUACAUUAUUAUGGGGGAUGUGGAAAUUAGCCGAUAGGGAAAUUAGAUGUUUAUUAUUAAUGCAUUGUCAUGGAUUAUUAAAUGAUUCAACAAAUGAUAAUAAAAAUGAUUUUCAAUUUAGUGAUAAAAUUUUCCCAUUUUUUUUACAAGGUUUAAUUGAUUCUGAGGAAUCUUUAAGAUUGUUAACCUUACGUAAUAUACCAUAUAUUGUUGAAUUGUUAACAGAACGUCAAUUAAACAAUGAAUUGCUACGUAGUAUUGCAAAGACUCAAGUUGAUCCAAGUGUCAAAGUUCGUACGGAGACAUUACUUGUUGUAUCACGUAUUGCACCACAACUAACUGCAUUAAGUAAUCGUGAUGGUGUACUUGCCACAAUUUUUACCAAAUCUUUAAAGGAUCCUGAGACAGAGACAAGAUUAGCUGCAUUAUAUGGAUUGGAACAAUGUUUAUCAUUAUUUGGUAGUGAUGUAAUUGCCAAUAAGAUAAUGAGUGUCAUUGCACCUGGGUUAUUAGAUAGUGAUUCUGGUAUUCGAAUCACGGCCAGAAAUUUAUUUGAUAAAUAUUUAAAAAAUUUAGAGAUUGCAGCUAUUGAAAAAUUUGGUAAAAUUGAUAACGAUAUUGAAUUACCAAAUUUGAAAAAAUUCAAUCGUUCAAAAGUUAUUGAAGUGAAAGAGAUGGACAAUAUGUGUAUUGAAUUUUUAAACUGUUUAAAUAUCUCAAAUAUGAAUUUGAAUUCGGACAUUUCAAGACCAACAUUAAGAGAAAUGUCGCCGAUUCAAAAGACCACUGGAGAAACAAAACUUUCAAUGCCAAUGAUAUCGCAUACUUCUUCAAAGAAACCUACUGUUGUCGAUCAUACUAAGGCCGAUACUUGGAACGAUGACGAUAAUGGUUGGGAUGAUUUUGAUGAGAUUGCAAGUGAUGACGAUAAAAUUGAACCACCGACCACCACCACCACCACCACCACCGCGAGUACACCAGCAGACAACGGCGUCGGCGACGACGAUGAUGAUGAUGACGGUUGGGAUGCAGCUGACUGGUAA